GUUGAAACUUGUUUAUUCUCUAAGAGCGUAUAAGCGUAUCGUAUAAUAAUCACAAUAAUAAUAUUCGCGAAUACACCUAAUCGCGACCGUUUUUCUCAGUUAUUCACUCGUAGGUAUUCUUCUUCUUAACUUUCCGUUAUUGUUAUAAUUACAAAAUGAUUAUUAUAUGUACUCGUAGGUACGAAGCGGAGUUGUUGAGCCGCGGUAUUUCUUUCUACUCGUUCGGUGUAGGUACUUUCGUUCUUGGUCCGCGACCGCGUCCGCGUCCGCCUACUUGAUUUCUUUUAUUUUUCAUUGAGCAAAAGUGAGUCGCGUCCGCGUGCUUGCGAUAUUGAUUUCGUUCGUACCGCACCGGCACCGUAAGAAAAAGAUUACGACGAGUCGAGGAGUCGAGUGCAUGCUGGAGUUGGAGUGGAGAACUGGAGAUGGGAAUGGGUACUCGUACUCGUACUCGUACUCGGAUCCUCGGCCACGAUCUACAAUCGACGGUGAGAACUGAACGUUGGAAUGAGAAUUAAGUUCAAAACUUGUUUCGUUACGUUAGAUGCAGCACGUUUUUUUGUUUUUUUUUCUUUUUCAUUUUUUUUUGUCGCUCGUUCAUUCAACUCGUGCUCCUCGCGGUCUUCGGUCUUGAAGAGUAUAUACGAGUACCUAGGUACUCUACACUCGCAUACUUCAGUUUUCAGUUGACCGACUACGACGAGUGCGACUGUUAUUGUUGGUGUUGGUGUUGGUGCUGGUGCUGACUGCUGAGGCGUUAAGCUACUGAUUCGCGCGCGUACUUCGACUCGAAUUGAACACUCGGUACGGGUACCUCUCGAUCUACCUGUGGGCUGUGGUGUACCACACAAUGCAUGUUCAAUUUACUAAUACUCGUGCGUAAAUCGCGAAUGUAUCGUCAGUUGACCAUCGUUUCCUAUACGCAUAUUUUACAAAUAUUUCUGUUCUGCCAGCAGCCAGAAGAUAGACAAUUUUCAUCUCCUCUACACAUUGAGCCAUCGAGACCAAUGGUAAACAGCAUUUGAAAGUGAAAAAGAAGAUCAGCAGCAGCAGCAACAAGAGUAGCAGUAGCAGCGCCGCGAUGCCCGAAGAAAACGAAGACUACGCCGCGGACCCGGCAUUCAAACACAUUCGCAAAAACGCAACCGGUUUCUUGAUAUGGAGAGUCGAGAACAUGCAAUUGGUGCCUCUGCCUUUGGAUCAGUACGGAACAUUCUACGAGGGCGACUCGUAUCUAAUAUACGCCGCUUCGGAAUUCGCCAAAUUCGUCGGUCCACGAACCAAGGCGUACGAAGUACGAGGCCGUCUGGAAAUCCACAUACACUUUUGGCUAGGGGCUAAAACUAGCACCGACGAGUCGACGAUAGCCGCUUACAAAUGCGUCGAAUUGGAUACGUAUUUGGGCGGCACACCGACCCAACAUAGAGAAAUACAAGGUCAAGAAUCGCCCAGAUUCAAAGGAUAUUUCAAAAAAGGAAUAAGAUUGUUAAAGGGAGGCGUAGCGUCUGGCUUGCAUCACGUAGAAAAUACUUUCGAAGCUCGACUGUUUCGGGUGAAAGGACGUCGUUCGCCGACCAUAACGCAGAUGCCAGCCAUCUCUUGGGAGUACAUGAAUUCCGGCGACGUUUUCAUCUUGGAUACCAAAGAAGUAACUUUCGUAUGGGUUGGCAGAAAUUCCAACAACAUCGAAAAACUCAAAGCAGCAACCGCAGGUCAAGAGAUUCGCGACGAACACAAUGGUCUAUCGUUGGUAUUCGUAGACGAUGGCAAAGAAACCGAACUGCCGGACUCGGAAAGGACGGUUUUCAGUUUAUAUUUGGAUACGAAAAAUCGACACGGCUUACACAUGGAUACCGGCAGCGCAGGUCUCCCAGAUGAUAACGAGGCAGAUUCCCUCAACGGCGGCGAACUGCGGCUUUACAAAUGCGUCGACGAAGGCGGCACUUACAGAAUAUUCGAGAUUAAAACUGGUAACCUGCAUCAAUCGGAUUUAACUAGCAACGACACCUACAUAGUGGACAACCACGGACGAACUAUAUGGGUUUGGUUGGGCAAGCAAGCUUCGAAAAAAGAACGCAUCGACGCCAUUCGCAACGCUCACGGGUUCGUGAAAAAGAAAAACUAUCCCAGCUACAUUCCAGUAUGUCGAGUCAUGGAAGGCGGCGAACCCAUCGAAUUCAGAUCCUUAUUCUGCUCGUGGCGAGAUCACGACGUAAAUAACAAUAUCAGCAACGGCUGCAUUUCUUCCACCAUCGCAAAUAAGGGUAAAGCCAUGCCGGCCAACUUGAGCACGCAGACGUUACACAAUACCCCAAAACUGGCAGCCCAAUUACAGCUAAUGGACGACGCGCACGGAAAAUUGUCCGUAUGGAGAGUGAAGAAUUCCAGUCUGAAAGAAGUACCGUAUUUCAUGUACGGACGAUUCUAUUCCCGAACCUGCUACAUAGUUCAUUAUAAGUAUACGUACGACAGCAAAGAGUACCACGUCUUAUACUGUUGGAUGGGAAGCCAUUCGAUAAAGAGUGACCAAACAAACGCCAUGUCAUCUCUGCUUACGAAAAACGAAUCCAUCAAUAACAGCGGAACUUUGGUUUACAUUCAGGAAGGAAAUGAAACGCCUCAUUUUCUCAGCAUUUUUCGCGGACGUAUGACCAUAUUCAUCGACGAACACCGCGACGAAAUUCCAUCCAGGUUCCUAUUGCACGUGAUUGGAAGUCGCUAUUACGACAGUUACGCUAAACAGGUACCCGCAAAAACAUCCAGCUUAGACUCAAACGACGUGUUCAUAUUACAUUGUAGCGAUAAAAUUUGCUACGUUUGGUGCGGCAAAGGCUCAACCGGAGAUCAAAGAGAAAUGGCCAAAAGCAUAGCCAACAAAGUAUCCUCUUCCGAAGAAUUAUUAGUCAUCUACGAAGGGCACGAGAAAAACGAAUUCUGGAAGCAAAUCGGAGGUUCCAACGAGUACGCUCGCAAUAAAAAAAUCAACGUCGAGCACGAGUCACGUUCGGUCAGAUUGUUCCAUUGUUACAACGCGAGCAACAAUUUGAAAACCGAAGAAAUAAUGAACUUCCAACAAAGCGAUCUCGUAUCCGAAGAUGUAAUGUUACUCGACAAUAUACAAACCGUGUACGUGUGGAUAGGUGAAUUAGUGAAAAACGAAGAAAAGAAACACGCUUACGAUACAGCCGUUGAAUAUUUGAAAAGAGAUGCCAGCGAAAGAAAUUUGAAAACGCCUACGAUUGUAAUUAGAGAAGGUCACGAACCAGUUACAUUUGUCGGAUUUUUCGAAACUUGGGAUCACGAGAUGCUCGACAAAAGGAAAACAUUCGCGCAAAUACGAACAGAACUGGAAAAACAGAAUCCAACAUUACACAUACAGAUAAAGUCGAACGACGACGACUACAAUUUCGACGAAUGUGAGAAAUUUCCCAUCGAAAAAUUAUUAAUUAAAAAUCCCGACCAAUUACCGGCCGGUGUAGAUCCUAGCCAUAAAGAAUUGCAUUUAAGCCACGCAGAAUUUUUCGCCGUGUUCGGAAUGAAAUACUCGGAAUUUUGUCAACUCGCUCAGUGGAAAAGGGCGAACAUGAAAAAAGCUGCGGGAUUAUUUUGAAGAACAGAAAACGCAAAACGAAAAUUACAACUACAUAAGUUUUUCUCGGUUUCCUAGUUGAAAUUCGAGUCGCGUCUCUUGUUAUCGUUAUUAUUUUUAAUUACUCGGCAUUUUCAUUUUGUUAUACAUUAAUAUACUAUUUAAAAAAAAAAAAAAAAAAAAAAAAAAAGAACAAAUAAAGAAAUAAAU